GCUCGCAGUCGGACCGGGCGCUCCGAGCUCCGCCAGCCGCUGGCGCCCGCUGCUCCAGCCAAACUUGCCGGGGCUCGGAGGGCGGGGGGCGGCGGCGGCACGGGGGGGCCCGUGGAGCCCGGCAUCCCGCGACGCCUGCCCGCCCGCCCGCAGCCGGCCGAGCCCCCCGCGACCGCCGGAGCGGGGAGGGAACAAGGGGGGGGCAAAGAAAAGAGUGACGAGGGAAAAACAAUUCUAAUUUUUUUUUUUUUUUUUUUUCUAAAGGAAGGAUUUAAAGGGAAUUUGGAAAAGGGGAACAAAAUUAAAGGAAAAAAAAAAAGUUUAAAAGUUCAAAGGAAAGGAGGAAAAAACUUUCAAAAGAAAAAAAUUCAAGAGGGAGCUAUUUUUUAUUUUUAAUUUUUUUUUUUAAGAGGAGGAUAAAAAAAAAUAAUUGAGGGAGAGAAAAAAAAUCAUAAUUGCGAAGGGCUUGAUCCGGGAGAACAAUACUCGCCGGGAAAGUUACUGCGCGGCGGGGAGGGAGCGGCGGGAGUAAAAUGCCGCAGCUGGGCAGCGGCGGCGGGGACGACCUGGGCGCCACGGACGAGAUGCUGGCCUUCAAGGACGAGGGCGAGCAGGAGGAGAAGAUCCCCGAGAACGCCUUCACCGAGCGCGACCUGGCCGACCUCAAGUCCUCGCUGGUGAACGAGUCCGAGGGCAGCGGCAGCCCGGCCGCCGCCGAUGGCGAGGCCCUCCGGAGAGUGCAGGAUCCGCAGAGGGUGUACCAGGAGAAGCUCCCGGACCACAUGGAUGAUGGUAUGAAACAUCAGGACCCAGGGAUGUAUAAAGGAUCUGCCUAUUCUGGUUACCCUUUCCUGAUGCUCUCAGAUCCGUAUCUGCCCAAUGGAUCUAUGUCACCUCUGUCCAACAAAGUUCCCGUUGUGCAGCCGUCGCACGGAGUGCACCCGCUCACCCCACUCAUCCCGUACAGCAACGACCAUUUCAGCCACGGCUCCCACUCACCCCACUUGCCCGCUGACAUCAACCAGAAACAAGGAGUGCACCGUCCUUCCCAGACCUCAGACAUCCCUGGUUUCUACCCCCUGCCCCCCGGUGGAGUCGGCCAGAUCACGCCGUCGAUGGGAUGGUUCACCCACCCACUGAUGCUGGGCUCUGGCAUGCACACCACCGGCAUCCCGCACCCCGCCAUCGUGCCCCACUCCGGCAAGCAAGAGAUGGAGCACUACGACCGAAACAUGAAACCUCAACCAGAACCAAAGAGAGAGAAGGAAGCAAAGAAGCCCACUAUUAAGAAGCCCCUGAACGCUUUCAUGUUGUAUAUGAAAGAAAUGCGGGCAAAAGUCAUCGCUGAGUGCACCCUGAAAGAGAGUGCUGCCAUCAACCAGAUCUUGGGAAGGAGGUGGCACGCGCUGUCCCGCGAGGAACAAGCCAAGUACUACGAACUGGCUCGCAAGGAACGGCAGCUCCACAUGCAGCUCUACCCCGGCUGGUCUGCCAGAGACAACUACGGGAAAAAGAAGAGACGAACACGGGAAAAGCAGCAAGAUUCCAACUCAGAUCCUGCCUCUCCUAAGAAAUGCAGAGCUCGCUUUGGCCUCAACCAACAAAUGGACUGGUGCGGCCCGUGCAGGAGGAAAAAGAAGUGCAUUCGGUACCUACAAGGAGAAGGACGCUGUGCCAGCCCAGUUUCUUCCGAUGGAAGUGCUAUAGACUCCCCUCCAUCCCCACCGGACGCACUCCGAUGCAUCCCCUCUGCCUUCCCGUCAGAGCAGCUCGCAGCCCCCGCCGACCCCGCACACCGCGACCAGCCCGACCCCUGCCCCAUGUCCGCGCACCUCCCGCCCGCCUCCGGCCCCUCCAGACCCGGCGCCCGGCGCUCCCCGGCUCCAGCCGCGCCCCCCGCUUACAGCCGCGCCUCCUCGGGGACAUAGUCCCUCGCCACCGCUGGCCACAGCGGGCACUCCGCUCGCCCACCUGGUUCCGCUGCCCCUGGACGAGGACCAGAGGCCCAGCCAAAUCCCCACUUUACUGUAAAAUAUGCAAAGUUUGGCGACAGGAUGACUUAAGGAUGAUGGAAAACUCACUUGGUUGGGGUUUUUGGAGGGGAGGGGUGAUAAAGAUAGUAAAGCAAUU